CUCCCCCCACCCUAACUGCUCCUCCCUCUACCCCCGCCCCACUCCGUCUCCCAUCCCCAAGCUCUAGGUUAGUGUGUUGGGGGUUACCUAACGCAGUGCGCGGCCACGGCGGAGCCGGAUCGCCACGGUAGCGGUAGCAGCAGCGGCAGUAGCCGCCUUCCCCACUCCGAGCAUCCACGUCCCCAGCCCAGCAGCGGCACUGAGGGAGAUCACAGCUACGGGAGGACGGAGGAGUCCGCAGGAGCUUACAGCGGCGGCAGCCAGCCAGAGAAAAUGCUUGCCAAUUCAGCCAGUGUGAGGAUUCUCAUCAAGGGAGGCAAGGUGGUAAAUGAUGACUGCACUCAUGAGGCUGACGUUUAUAUCGAAAAUGGCAUCAUUCAGCAAGUGGGAAGAGAACUCAUGAUCCCAGGAGGAGCCAAAGUGAUCGAUGCAACUGGAAAACUGGUGAUUCCUGGGGGCAUAGAUACCAGCACUCAUUUCCAUCAGACCUUCAUGAAUGCCACAUGCGUGGAUGAUUUUUACCAUGGAACAAAGGCUGCACUAGUAGGAGGAACAACCAUGAUCAUAGGCCAUGUUCUACCUGACAAAGAAACAUCCCUCCUGGACGCCUAUGAGAAGUGCAGGAACCUGGCUGACCCCAAAGUGUGCUGUGACUACUCACUCCAUAUGGGAAUCACCUGGUGGUCCCCAAAGGUGAAAGCAGAAAUGGAGACUUUGGUGAGAGAGAAAGGUGUCAACUCAUUCCAGAUGUUUAUGACCUACAAAGACUUAUAUAUGCUUCGAGACAGUGAAUUAUAUCAAGUGUUCUGUGCUUGCAAAGAUAUUGGUGCGAUAGCCAGAGUCCAUGCUGAAAAUGGAGAGCUCGUGGCCGAGGGUGCCAGAGAGGCACUAGAUUUGGGCAUCACAGGUCCUGAAGGAAUAGAGAUCAGCCGUCCAGAGGAGCUGGAAGCUGAAGCAACCCACCGUGUUAUCACUAUUGCUAACAGGACUCAUUGUCCAGUUUACCUGGUCAACGUUUCCAGUAUCUCUGCCGGAGAUGUCAUUGCUGCUGCUAAGAUGCAAGGUAAGGUUGUCUAUGCAGAGACCACCACUGCACAUGCCACAUUGACAGGCUUACACUAUUACCACCAGGACUGGUCCCAUGCAGCUGCUUACGUCACAGUACCCCCUCUGAGGCUGGACACCAACACCUCCACCUACCUCAUGAGUCUGCUAGCCAAUGACACUCUGAACAUUGUAGCUUCUGACCAUCGGCCCUUCACCACAAAACAGAAGGCAAUGGGCAAGGAGGAUUUCACUAAGAUCCCUCAUGGAGUGAGUGGGGUACAAGACCGUAUGAGCAUCAUCUGGGAGAGAGGCGUGGUGGGAGGAAAGAUGGAUGAAAACCGUUUCGUGGCUGUGACUAGUUCAAAUGCAGCCAAGAUUCACAACAUGUAUCCCCGCAAGGGCCGUAUCAUCCCUGGAGCUGAUGCUGAUGUGGUUGUGUGGGACCCAGAGGCUACAAAGACCAUUUCAGCUAGCACUCAAGUGCAAGGAGGAGAUAUAAAUUUAUAUGAAAAUAUGCGCUGCCAUGGGGUACCUUUGGUCACUAUCAGCCGAGGACGAGUUGUGUAUGAGAAUGGAGUCUUCAUGUGUGCUGAGGGCACAGGCAAGUUCUGCCCACUUCGAUCCUUCCCAGACACUGUGUACAAGAAGCUGGUCCAGAGAGAGAAGAGCUUAAAGGUUAAGGGAGUGGACCGCACUCCCUACCUGGGGGAUGUAGCUGUGGUUGUGCAUGCUGGGAAAAAAGAGAUGGGAACUCCACUUGCAGACACUCCCACCCGGCCAGUCACUCGACAUGGGGGCAUGAGGGACCUUCACGAGUCGAGCUUCAGCCUAUCUGGUUCUCAAAUCGAUGACCAUGUUCCAAAGCGAGCCUCGGCUCGGAUUCUCGCUCCCCCCGGAGGCAGGUCGAGCGGCAUUUGGUAAAGACGCUGACCAGCCUCCCAACUAAGGAUGCAGCAGCAGCUAGCCAGCCCACCUUCUGGCCACCACUGCAGGUUGCAUGGGGAGGCUGGGCCAGAUAGUUCAACACCCGAGAAGGCGGGAGGGGGGAAGGGAAGGGCACACAGGACACUUGGGAGCACUUCACAUGUCUGAAAUGUCAUUCACUAUGCUUUGAGCCAAUCCUAAUAAGCACUUUGGGACGAUGCUCCUCUUGCUGUAGUCCUUUCCUUUCCUGGCCUCAGUAGGCUGCAUCUGUGGGCCAGGGGGGACCCGGCACUAUGCACUGACUGCAAUGCAUAGGCAGCAACCUCGCCCCAACUCUCACACUCACCUCAGGCUGUUUGCUUUGCAAGAAAGCAUCAGCUUGAAUGGUCUUCUUCCUAGCCUGGCCAAUCAAUGUCCAGGGCACUUUGGCAGAUGUGUUUCAAAAGAAAAGGCCUCCCUCCUCCCUUCCCAUACUCCUUCCUGUCAUCUCCCUCUCCUCGAUAGCCACAUUUCCCAAUCCUGCUAGAGUCUUUGUUCUCUAGCCAUGUCUAAGACACCCUCACCACCCCAUAGUUACUGAGUUCAUCAAUGGUCCCUGUUCCAAGCCAAGGCAUUUAUACAGAUGAAGCAAAUGAACCCUUUGCCAGCUCCUUCUUCCCUUCCCUCUUCCCUCCAGUCACCCUCCCACACUUACAAAGAACAAGCAGCCAAGAAGAAAGAGCUGGGAGUCGGUGCGAGGCCUCGUGCCAUGCGCGUGUAAAUGAUUUUGUUUUGCACGUUUGGUUUGAGCAGUGGUUUGGUUUGGUUUGGUUUGAUUUGUUAGUGCAUCAUGUGGAAAAAAACCCAGUGCUUUGUGUCACUUAGCGUUAGGAUAGAAAUGGGGAUAGACAUGAUCCUCAAGAGAUGCUGCAGUCAACACCAACCUAAGAGGCAGGGCAGGCAAAGAACAAGCCCCCUAUCUUCCUAUCCCCCACAUUGCAUCCUCCAGGUGGUUAAAGGGCAAAAAAAAAGCCCUGGAUCCAUCCUCCCCCAAGCCUGAUAGAUAAGGACACAGCUCCCAGAUCCUCACAAGGACCCAAAUCAGGAACCUGAUGCUAUAAGAAUGGCCCAGGCAUCUAUGGUUUUAAAAAUUCAGACUUGUAUGGUCUUACCCUCCUCUACUUGCUUAGUUCCCUGAGCUGAUCAGAGCUUACAAGCAGAGGCCUCAGCUGUCCUUCUUUGUGACUGGUGAGAAGCCUCCUGCCUUCCAAGAGAAGGGGAAAAGGAGUAGGAGGAGGGGUGAAGGGUCUUGAGAAGAGAAGAGGGGGAGUCGUAUGUAGGACAUCUGUGGCCAUGCCUCCAGCCAACCUCACCCCCUCCCCUGCCUGCUGCCAUCCUCUUCCAAGGUUCCUUAUGUCUGAGCCAAGCCCUUCCCCAACGCUGAGGGGACUCUUUACUUGAAAUCAAAUUUUAGGGAGGGGUUGCUUUCCAACAUUGACAACCACUGGACUUUUCAGUAGUGACACAUGGGGUGGGGUCUCUCCAUCUAUGAGUGAGUGACAUUCUCUCUUGACAGGAGAGAGAAUAAGAGGAGUUACUUAGACCAAGAGACACCCUCCUUUUGUUGAGCUCUAUUCCAGUGUCUUAGUUUUAGCCCUGUUCUUGUUUAGACCAGCCUUCCAUCUCCCAGAGCUCCCAGAAAGGCAGCUACAAGCUCUUAUCGAAGUUUAGCAAUGCCCCCUUGGUAGUCUUACACCAGAAGUUGGCAGAAUUCCCCCAAUAGCUUUGAUCACGCACCCUUGCUGUGGAGAGGAGGCAUGGGUCAAAUUCUGGUUGCCAAUUCUUAACCAAAUAAUUGCAAAACCACUUGCAGAAUUUGCCUCCCAAGUGAAUCGUAGAUAGGGCAUACAUGUGCUUUUUUUCCCCUCUUAAUGGUCCUUCAGUUUAAUGCAAAAAUCCUUAAGACUAAGUCCUUUGUGUCUGAGCUAGGACUAGUAGAGUAUUGGAGGCUUGCUCAGUAUUUUGAAGUCUAGCCUGCUGUGGCAUUUUUACACCUAGCUUCUACUCUAGUUUCAGGCCCUCACUAGUACACUGGAGAAUCCGAGUCAUUGCUGGCCAGAAGAUAACAGGCAAAUAGUUGAUGGGGCCAAAGUAGAGUACAGGAGGUCACAGAGGUGGUGGCCAAGUAGGCACUAGAUUGGUCAGGAUACAGCCCAUGAUGAUGGCGGCUGGGGUAGGGAAUGGAUUCCAACUUAGCCCCAUAAAGCUAUAGAUGCCUACUAUAGCUGCUCUGGUCUCUAGUCUCUCUGUGGUCCUGAAUGAGACGUCUAUUACCUUUCUCUCCACUUUCUAUGAGAUGGGACUUGGGCAGAUGCCAAAGAGCAUAGGUGAGAGCUAGCCAGCAGCACAGGCCAGAACUGCCACAUGUUUUUGCUGGGAGAGCUUUUCCAUACAGGUCCCAAUAUUGGAAUUUUAGAAUUAAAGUGUCCAGUGCGGGGAGGAGGGAGAAACAGGAGUGGUGGAACCACAUUCCUUCUCUCACCAUAACUGCAGGUCUGAGAGGUCAUUAUUUCUCCCACCCCAGUCCUACCCUCCUGACCUCUAUCCAUGACCCACCCACACCAAAAAGCUUCAAGCUAGAAAAUCCAGAGGUGGUCCAAAAUGUCCUAAGAAAUAACCAGCCUCUUCUCUUCCCCUCAGCCCUGCUUCUCCUUGCCCCUUUACAGAGCCUAAAGCCACCUGGAAGACAUACUUGUCUCUCAUGGUUGGAAUGGAAAAGGCUCUCUGGUUGCAUUGAAUGCAGCUCUCAAACUGGUCUUGUACUUGCUGGAAUAAAUGCUGUUUUUCUUGCCUUAGCUGCUCUCUAGGUUUGUGGGGUUGUGUUAUGGGAACAUUGUGCUACUACUGUGUGUGUGUGUGUGCGUGUGCGUAUGUAGUGCUAGGAAUCCACAGUAGGUCUGUCAAGUCUGUACCGUGAUGAGGGCUUUUUGGACUCUGACCCAGAAACCAACAGAACCGAACUGAAACCAAAACCUUCCUCGAGCAGCAGCAGAGGUGGCAGGCAUGCUCUGGGGUCAGCAUGGAAUUGCCCCACAGCCCAGGCACCCAAGUGACUUUCCUUAUGCCUCCGUAAAUGUUAUGGUGCUAAGAAUGUGUCAGUCCCAAAAGGACACACUUUUCCUGUGCUUUAGCCACCUGUUUCAGACAAAACAACAACAACAACAACAACAACACACACACACAAAAAAAAAACACCCCAACACGUUGCGUUCUGGUGCAGGUUUGUAUUAAACUGUAGCUACUUCUCA